AUGAAAAGCCCUUCACAAACCUUCUUCCUCCUUGCUUUGCUGAACUCUCUUGUGGGUGCUACAGCGACAGUAUCAAAUGACACAGGAGGGCUUGUUUUCGACUAUCCAUACCCCGUGCAAUUUUUCAAUGUCGCAUCUCAACAAAACCCAUUAUCGCAAUUAUCAAUGGCAUACAUGGAUAUCUCGCCCGCCGUUGCUCAACCUAAAGAAACCAUCGUCCUCUUGCACGGAAAGAACUUCUGUGGGGCGACCUGGAACCAAACAAUCGAUGUCCUUCUCACUUCUGGCUAUCGUGUCAUUGCGCCGGACCAGAUUGGCUUCUGCAAAUCUUCGAAACCCACUACAUAUCAAUUCUCACUUUCCCAGCUUGCACUGAACACAAACAGCCUCCUUCACUCACUGGGAAUUUUCAAUGCGACUAUCAUAGGCCAUUCAAUGGGAGGAAUGUUGUCCGCGCGGUACGCGCUCAUGUUUCCCUCUCAGACGAAUCGCCUCGUGAUGGUAAAUCCGCUUGGUCUCGAGAACUGGUUUGCGUUGGGAGUCCCAUAUCAAGCCAUCGACAUCACUUACCAGACCGAGUUAAGCACUUCAUUUUCGAGCAUCAAGAGCUAUCAACAAGCAACUUAUUAUGCCGGGACUUGGGAUCCGUCGUAUGAUAUCUGGGCCAACAUGCUACUCAGUGUAUACAAAGGCUCCCGAGGCACGGAGUUUGCCUAUGAUCAGGCGCUGGUAACAGAUAUGGUCUUUACGCAACCAGUCAUCGCAGAGUUGCCAAACCUGAAGAUGAGAAGCUUGCUUGUUAUUGGGGAUAAAGAUAACACGGCCAUUGGGAAGGCGUGGGCACCAGCGGAUGUGAAACCGCUGCUGGGACAUUAUGAAGUCCUGGGAAAGCAGGUAUCGGCAAGGAUACCAAAUUGUACUUUGGUCGAGUUUGCUGAGCUGGGACAUGCUCCUCAGAUUCAGGAUCCUAAUACCUUUCAUGAGGCGAUACUGGGAUGGCUGUCCAAGUGA